AUGGUCCUGAUUAAGAAGCUCUUCUUACUUUUUGCAACCUUCGCAUCGGUCAUUGCGCUACCAAAUCCAGCGCAAAUCCUCCCAUCAGAGAAGGAUAUCAGCGUGGACGAACUUGAAGUCCAUAAUAUCCGCGAUGUGAGCGCCUUAGAACAGCGCGCUCUGGGCCCAAUGACGCUGCAUUGGUCUCCCCAAGGCCGGUUUCUUUUCAUGGCAGGACUUCAAAUUCCACAGGGAAUCUAUGAUGCUUUCUUCUCCAGCAGCGUUGGUAUUAAUGGGCUGGGGAGAGUCAUGUUACAAAACUUCAAGGAGUAUGUUACGAACCAGUUUUUGUUUGACUGGGAAGCCCUCGCAGCAGCGGAGUUUUAUAUGCGUGAUGCUCUUGAGGGAGGCAUUGUGAAUACGACCCCAUUCAGCAACAACGGCUACGAUGUCGGCUUUGGCAUAUUCACAAAGGAUGGGGUACCUCCAACCCAAGAGGUAGUUAAUGCAAUGAUUACAGUUAUCAGACACUGGGCUGAGGCAAACUCCGGCUCAUUGACCGUCAUCCAAGCCGCUAAUGGGUUCAUUGACCCCUAG